UCUGCUUCAGUCUCAUUCUGCGCAGCUCAAAGCAAUUGGAAUACCAAAUUAUAUAGAUUUCUUGAAAAUUACCCUACCCAAAAGCAAGCUCAACAAAAUGGUCUAUGCGGAACGCACCGACAAGUGUCUGGCCAAGAAUGAUGCUAGCCAGAGCAAAUCACCCAAAACUUCCUCUGCCUCAUACACGAAACAGCAGUCGAAUCAUGGUUCGGGCUCCUGGAGCAGUCAAGCCUCCAGUGCCGACAAAUGGAAAUACAACAAUAUGGUCAAGGAUAAUCGCGAUCAGUUCAAUGGCAUGCACUUUGGUUAGGAUGCCAGUGUAAUUGAUAGUUUUGGAUAGGCCUAUGCCUGCAACGUGAUUUUGACUAUUACCGUUAGUUUAACUUGUUGUUAUUUCUGGGUUCCAUGGGGUCUUUAGCUCUAAGCUUGUUAUUAUUGUGAACUAAUCAAAAUUUAAAUACCUGCAAAAAAAUUUUAAUCAAGAUGCGCAAAAGAG